AUGGUGAAGGUCCCAAAAGUGGCGUCAAAAACGUCUAAACGGUAUAGAUACUCAUCCUUCAAGGAUAAAAUCGAUAAUCUGCGUAUCGAACCGGCAAGGGAUCUGAGCAAGCGUGUACACGACCAUGUGGAGACUUCUCAUUUCUUAGCUUCUUUCGAGCACUGGGAGGACAUCAAUUUGAGCGCUGGUUUUUCGGCCUUUACAGAUGACGUUAGGCCUUUGGUUCAAACUCUUCCACAAAUUUUGUUCCACGAAGAACAGAUUUUCAACCAUUUGCAUGAUAAGAUUUCUAUGCACGAUGAAAACUCUCUUCAGCCGUUAUUGGACCUCUUGUCUCAAUUUUGUCACGAUCUGGGCCCAGACUUUAUGAAGUUCUACGAAAGAGCAAUGCGCAUGCUUACAAGUCUACUCGAUGCAGCUAUAAAGUUUGAAUCGUCUAAUGUAUUCGAAUGGGUUUUCAACUGCGUCGCUUACAUCUACAAGUAUCUUUCGCGAAUUUUGGCUCAGGACCUUCUUCCUACUUUCAACCUAUUGUUCCCCAUAUUAUCGCACAAAAAAGAAUACCUCUCACGAUUUUCGGCGGAAGUUCUUUCGUUCCUAGUCAGGAAAACGAGACAAAAAAGCUUGGAGCAUUUUGUUCAUCAUACAUUCGAGCAACUUCGAGCAGCUGAAGACGAGAGUAUUUAUGAUGGUCUUCGGGUGCUAUACACGGAGGCGCUCAUUUCAAAAGGCGAGUCUCUGCACUCCAAGUUUGAGCUCAUGAUGGGAACUCUAAUAAAAGCCGCGCUUCACAGUGAAGAAAAUUCACGCUGCAUUUCCCUCAUGGCUGAUGUCAUAUUAAAUGUUGUGAGGCAUGCGUCCAUGGAAAACGCGUCACAGGUAUAUGAUAUAACACUGGCUGUGAUUGAUGCAUACUUAGAAGCUCCUUCAGUGAAAAUAAAUCCCACCGUUAGGUUACUUACGUCGCUGUCCUUCGCUGAAAGCGGUAGAAAGACUCCUUCUUGGUCAAAUGUCAUCGCCUGUGUUAACAAAGUCGUUGGACAUACGAGUGCCGACACCAUAGCUUCUGAGGAUCUGGCUCUUCUAUUCUGCUUUAUACUGAGAAAUGCUUCGCUACCUGAUCUGGCACAGUGCCAUAGGUUGUUCUUCUCAAUCUACUUGGAAAGGUUUAACGAUCACUUCUUGAGUUUUUUCAGAUUGGCGCUGAAAUACGACAAAGACAGAGUUCUUUCGUUUGGGGGUGCCAAGUUAUUACAAAGGUUUAUAAACAUGUCUUGGCGUUCCCAAUCCAAAAAAAUCGCACUCUUCUUUGAGGAGCUCAGAGGGGAUCAGGCUCUUCUCAGAACCCUAGGACCAUCAAUUCCAAAGGAAUGCGUUGAAUGCUUGCUUUCAGAGAUAGCACAAUCGGACGUGGGGCAGCGCGGUUCUCUAUAUGAACUUUUCUGGAAGCUGCAGCUAUUGAAAUUCGGCGAUAGCUACGACCUAUCAGCUCUGGCACCUGUUGUAUCAUCGCUAUUGAACAAACAUUCUUUGGAUGAUUUUGAGAAGGACGUCAUUGGGACUACCUUGCAAGUGGUGACUUUCAAGAAUAACGACCAGUUGAAAAACAUACUGAACCUAGCACUUUUCAAUGUUGAAAAAGUGCAAGAUAGUAAGCUAUGCGUCGAGGGUAUUCAUCGCACAAUAGAUCUACUGGCGGCUGCAAAUGAGGCUCUUCCAAUUGAGGAUGUUCAGGACGUACUGGUAACACUCUCUAGCAACUUAAGCCUGCCAGAAGAUAAGAUAAGAUAUGAGACUCUGAAACUCAUUGUCAAAAUCAUGGAAACUCAAGGCCGGGAUGUUCCUCAGGUAUUCAAUGACUGUAAAUUGAUAGAGGAAAUACCACGCAACCUUCAGACUGCGCGGGACGUGACCAUGCGACUCAAGGCAGCGGGGGACGAGUUUGCACGGAGUGAACCGGAUGUUUUGCUCUGCCACGUCUUCCUCAACUAUCUUUUCGGUAGCCUCACGGUUAGAUUCUCACCAGCGUGGGAAGGCGUCUAUCAAAUUCUGCCAGAGAUAUUCGAAAAAGAUCAUGAGCUUACAUGGAAGCUGUUCCUGAAAUUUGUGGACGCGUUAGACAGUAAUUUUGAGCUCGAAUAUUACACACCAGAUAGCGAAGAAGGGCUUUUCGAAGAAUAUGGGUGGUCUGUCAGUGUUACGAGGUUAAAUGAUGCAUUGCUUGGCUGUAAGGAAAUCUUUAGGUCCUAUUCACUCGUUGACUCCUCGAUCAUUACACUUUCAAAGGAAGCUAGAAGCGAUUUAACUUAUCCCGGUCUCAUCCGCAAUCAAGCAUUGAAAGGUCUUCUACUGAUUCCCCAGCUGGCUGAACGUCAUUCAAGAGAUAUUGUUCCAUAUUUUCUCAAAAGAGACAACACAAGCAGCGAACUUACGGAAGAGGACUUUGAGAACGAGCAAAGCGCACCAAGUACUUGGUCAGAAGCGGACCGGAAACUUCUUUUGCAGCUAAUCGGAAAGUUCAAAAACAUAAAGGCUAUUUUCAAGUCUGACGAUGUUUAUACAAGGCUCAUGGAUUUGCUCGGCAGUAGAACUACAGAAAUUCAAAAGAUGGCACUGGACGGCAUUCUAGCGUACAAGGAUAAAGCUGUUAUCAAAUAUCGAGAUAGCUUGAAGAACCUGCUUGAUGACAAUGCCUUCAAAGAUGAGUGCUUGAAUCUUUUGUCAAACGAUGAAAAGCCUUUAGUUGACGCACACGACGAAAAGUUUGUGAUGCCCAUUGUUUUGCGUAUACUUUUUGGCCGAGCCCAAACGCCGGUGACCAGUGGGCUGAAGAAAAGUAGAAAGACAGCGGUCAUAACCCUACUGCCAAGUUUGGCUGAAAGAUAUGUUGUUGACUUUCUAAAGCUCACUAGUCAAGGCUUGAACUAUCAACCCUUUUUCCAGAACGGUCACAAUGUGGAUUCCACAGAAAUAAGCAGUUUAUCGCUGAGAAGAAUGACAGGUUUCGUUACGCUCGGUCAAGCAGCAGUGAGUGCUCUGGGCUCUCGCUAUCCAAAGGCGACGACUACUCUGAUGGACCCUGUACUUUACGCUAUCUGUGUCGCGAACAAAGUAUCAAGUGGCAGGGCUGAUAAAGAUUACAUGUUAAAGCAAGCUACUAAUGUCAGACAACUAUCUAUGAAGUUAGUUUUGAGCAUAUUCUCAACCGUUGGAGAACUUGUAGACUGGACUGAGCACGUUCCGAAAAUACACAAGCUAAUGGUGGAACCCAGGUUACUGAAGUUCGCCGAUGAGAACCUUCAGAAGCCAUCCUCCCUAAUGACUCUGAUAUCUAUAUGGGCCACAAAUUCACGGUUUUACAAAUUUUUGUAUUACCACCAGUGCUCCAUCGCAGAUGCGCUAAUGGAGAUCCUCUCGAGACGUAACGCAAAGGAAUCGGUGCUGGCCAUGGUUUUGAAUUUUUCCAAUCAACUAAUAAAAAACCCUACGGAAGAGAGCGAGUACGUCGAUCUGGUUUCGGUCGUAGCUUCUUCAUGCCUCAAGGCACUUCCUAACGUCCUAGACGUGAUCAACAGUCAAGAGACCGUCACAAUAUCUCUAGAUUUACUUUUGAAUCUGAUAGAUGCUGGUUACGUGCACGAUAAUGAGACGAAGAAAUAUCUCAUAAACUCUCUCGCAUGUAUACUGGAAAGAGGGCUAAAAGGAAUUCGCAAGUCGGAUGCCGUUAAAAUCAUGCAUUCCACUUCACUUUUGUUAGAAGACUAUAUUUGCGACUGGAGUGAUAUUGAGAGCCUCUAUAAGUCAUGUUCGAUAUUAUAUCGAACGUCUGGUGAGCGAGAAUUGCGAAUUUCCGUUAAUGCUGUAUUCCAAGCUAUGGCGCGCAUUUUCAAAGAUCUACAACGGGUUGCUGAUUUGCUGAGCGACUUGAACUCCUAUUCCGUAAAACGCAUGGAAACAUACGAUUUCGAAACUGUCUUGCCUACAUUCAAGAGAUUAGAUGAUGGCGACUGUAUGUUACUAAAUGAAACAGAGUGGAUUCCAGUACUGAACACAUGUCUGUAUUACAUCAAAAAUGAAGAAGAGCUUGCCCUUAGGACCAAUGCGUCUCAUACAUUGAAGCGUUUCGUGGACUAUGUCAAUGCCAAGACCUCUAUUGACGAUGCCCGGGCAGCUGUCAAGCUCAUUGCGACCGAUUUAUUGCCUGAGGUGAAAGUUGGUUUACGCCACAAAAAUGUUGACGUUCAAGCUGAGUAUAUCUCGGUUAUCGCCUACAUCGUUGGUCAUUCCGGUUACUACUCAGAACUCGAUGAUAUGAAGGUCUUGCUGUAUGAUGGCGACCAAGAAGCAAACUUCUUUGCUAACAUCAAUCACAUCCAAUUGCACCGUCGUCAGCGGGCAAUUAAAAGACUGGGUGAGAGUGCUUCUACUUUGGCGGCGGACAGUAUCGCACAUUUUCUGAUACCCAUGAUCGAACGAUACGUCUAUUGUACAGAUGAAAGAUAUCGGAACAUAUGCAACGAGACAAUCUCGGCUAUUGGACUUCUCUCUCACUUUGUAACUUGGAGCCAAUACAAGGCCCUGAUGAGAAGAUUAAUCAGUUCGCUAGACUCCAAACCUCAAUUUUUAAAAGAAAUUGUAUCGCUCGUGGUGCACUGUUCCAAAGCGUUGAGCAGCUCCAUGAAUGCUGCCAGAACUGAAGGAGAAAUUGUCACGAUCAAAAAGCUCCCUACGACUCUAUCAGAUCCUGAUACUUUCGUGAAAGAGGAAGUUUUUCCCAAGCUUCUAAAAAUUUUGAACACAAGGGACGAAGAGACAAUUGUAGCGAGAAUUCCGCUCUGUGAGGCUCUCGUGAGCUUGAUUUUGGGUCUAGACGUUACUGCGCGCUCCAUUCUUUUACCUGGAGUGUUGAGCAGCGUCUGUCAAGUACUCAGAAGUCGCUCAGAGGAACUGCGAGAAGCGGUGCGAAAGAAUCUUGCAAGUGUUUCGGUGAUCCUUGGGCAUGAAUACUUAACUUUCAUUCUCAAGGAGUUGAAAAGUGCGCUUAGAAGAGGGUCUCAGAUACAUGUGUUGAGUUAUACCAUACACUCUAUCCUGUCGGCCCUAUCGCCCAAACUGGGACCGGGAGAUUUGGAUGCAACUGCGAGGAUGAUUGUUGAAGUAAUCAUGGAGGACACCUUUGGGACUGCUGGUCAAGAGAAAGAUGCGGAGGGUUAUACUUCGAAAUUGAAGGAGAUCAAAUUCAAUAAAAGCUAUGAUACUGCGGAAAUUAUCGCUUCCAAUAUUUCACUGACCGCAUUUGGGCAUCUAUUGCAUCCAAUAAAGGCCUUAUUGACGGAAAACUUGGGUCUAAAAAACCAACGCAAACUCAAUGAAUUGAUGAGAAGAUACUCACUCGGCCUUAAUCACAACGUGGCAAGCUCUUCUACUGAUGCGUUGGUUCUCUGCUAUGAAAUAUUCACGCAAUCAACGACACAAGUGAAGGAUGCCGGUAACGGGAGAGGACGUCAAAAAUCUAAUACCUUUUUCCUGAUCAAUCUAAGUGCCAGAAACGAUAAAGUACAGACGGAAAAUAAAUCCAAUAGCGCCGUUUUGAGAAAAUUCGCGCUUGAUCUCCUGAAGACAAUCCUAGUGAAGAACGGGGGUCUACUAGAGGCUGCUUAUCUGGAAAAUUUCAUUCCCCUUCUACAAGAAGCACUAGACUCCGACGAGGAGGAAGUUCUUAUCAGCGCCUUGCGUGUCUUAAUAAUUUUGGUGAAGUUGAAGUUUACCGAGGAACAUGAAGGUAUUUUCAAGAAUUGUGCUAGGAAAGUUUUGACAGUGGUUCGAGACUCACCAUCUACUUCCAGUGAUCUCUGUCAAGUAAGCCUCAAAUUUCUAUCCUCAUUGAUUAGGCAUAAGGAUAUUGAGCUGAAAGAUACAGCUUUGAGUUUCAUUUUGGGUAGAAUCAAGCCUGAUCUCAAUGAGCCCAACAAACAAGGACUGGCCUUCAACUUUGUCAAAUCUCUAGUUCUCAAGCACAUUGUGCUACCUGAGCUUUAUGAUGUCGUCGACGCAAUUGCGGAGAUAAUGAUAACAAACCACUCAAAGGAAAUCAGAGACGUCUCUCGAAGUGUUUAUUAUCAGUUUUUGAUGGAGUAUGAUCAAAGUCGGGGAAGACUAGAAAAGCAAUUCAAGUUUUUGGUUUCUAAUCUCGAAUACCCAUCUCAAGAAGGCCGCCAAUCAGUCAUGGAACUCAUCAAUUUGAUUGUGAAUAAAUCGGGAAUGGACUUGCUAUUGCGUAUAUCCUCAUCGUUUUUCUUGUCGUUGUCCAAUGUCGCUGCCAAUGAUACUUCACCACGUUGUCGUGAAAUGGGUUCAACCCUUCUAAAGAACCUGUUGGCCAGGUUAGGAAAAUCCAAUGUGGGCCCUUUGGAGAAAUACAUCCUGGCAUGGCUAAAGCACGAUGACCCAACCUUUGUUGAGCUCGGAUUGAAAAUUUACAAGAUUCAUAUGGACGCCUUAGCCCUCGGUGAUGGCAAGGGCCUGGAUUCGUUUGCCAUUUCUAAAGCUAAAAAGAUCAUAUCCAGCGGUACUGCUGGAUCAAGCGUUGAGUGGAAUUUAAUUUACACGGCUUUGAACGUCUUAGACAGAUAUGUGGAGCUUGAACAAGAUGAAAUCAUAAGUGAGGAUAUUGGCAUGUGGUCAAGUACAAUAGACUCUCUGUUGUAUCCUCAUCCAUGGGUAAGGUUGAUCAGCGGUAGAAUGGUAAAGAAAUAUAUACAAAAGAGGGAGGAAAGUGGAGUUCCUCUUCCACCAGCUGAGCUGCAGAAGAUCGCGUACCGCAUUUUUCACCAGCUCGGUGCCCCUUCCGUAUCUGAGUCUCUGGCUUCGACUGCCGUGACGAUUUUGGUUGUGAUUUUGAGAAAAUGGGUGGCUGAUAAGACAGCAUUCAUCUCCAAGGAAAAUGAGGAUGCGAAGUAUGAAACGUCCAUUGAUUUCUCAUUGGCAAGAUUAGGUUCCAUUCUAAGAGAUGAAGAGAACUUCCGCGAAACCUUUGUAUCCAAAAAGGCAUCGAUACAGCUAUUUGGCUUCAUUGUGGAAAUGAUGAAUGAGACCGAGUUGAAAAGUGUGGCAGCAGCGAUUAUCCUGCCUUUGUUCAUGUACUUGGAAGAUGACAGAAGGAUUAUCGAUGAACAAGUUCAAGAGCUGCAAACAAUGUCGCAGGAGUGCAUAGAAUUAUUGCAAAACAAGCUCUCGGUUUCUGAUUUCAGUAUAGCCUACUCUCGCGUCAAGCAGGAAAUUGCCCGUCGUAGGAAUGAGAGAAGAGCUAGACGAGCUGCUCUAGCUGUCACGGCCCCAGAGGCUGCGGCAAGGAGGAAGCUCAAGAAACACGCUAGAUCAAAAGAGAAAAGAAGACACGAAAAGGAUGAUAGCGGCUUCUAUCGUGCCAAGAACAAAAAAAGAAGAAUCUGA